AUGGUAUCUGAACUACUCUUGAAAAUACUGCGUAGCGUCCCACGAAUCACGUUUAAUCUUCAGCCUGCUUCAAAAGCUUUUACGUUGCAGUUUGAUAGUGAUUAUAUACAGAUGAAGGCGAGAUUCUUACUGACUUCAGUUGAUUUUCGAUCUUGUCACGUUAAGUCGUUGCUUGUGUACGUGAGUAUCUUCUUGUUUAUGGGGGCUACAUUACUGCUGACAAUUACUAUAACAUGGAUUUGUCAGUGUUGCAGUCAACAAAAUAGAAACCUGAAAUCUAGACGAAGAGUCCGACAGUUAUCGCUUAUACUCUUUUGCUUAGGAACAUGUCUGUUUGGCAAUGAACAUCUGAAUCGCAGUAUAACCAAGUCAGUUAUGGGUGCGGACUACAUUUCACGGAAUAUUUUAUUUGUUGAUUCGCUAUGUGUUUCUCUCAAUGAUUCUUAUCUGAAAGCCAUCAAACAUAUCGAUUCCCUAGAGAGAGCUCUGGAAAACGUUGCAAAGACAGCACCUAUUGCAAAUAAGACGGCUUUAAAGGAAUUGGAAAUUGUAUUGCAUUCUACAUCACAAAAAAUCCACUCACUUGGUAGUGACUUGUCCGUAUUGCGAAGUGCUCUUUCAGGAAAUGUAUUUCUUGAACGGAGUUUUUUUUACAUCCAACGAUUCGAGUUAGAAAGAUGGAUUCUUUGUGCGACUUUACUUUCCAUCAUGCUUGUCGUCCUAUUUGUCGGUGUUAUCGCAUUUUGUCGACAGUCAAAGAAAGGCACAGUUGUAUUUUCUGCUCUUGGCUUUGCCAUUUUUAUCGUUGGAUGGCUUUUGCUCACGGCUAUAUUUCCUGUUUACAUGGCACUAAUCGACUUUUGCGCAGAUGGUAAUCAUUUCAUUAAAAACUAUCUGCUAAAUGAAACAGUCGACCUAAUCGAGUUUUACCGAACUUGUUCUUCAUCUCUUGUUCAUGACGAUUUACCAUUUAUCGUUGAUAUUAAUAAAAUCAGUUCCCAGCUUAUAAGUUUACAAAGAAUGGGUCCGAUUUUUCAUGCUAACAUAAGUGUUCUGUUCAACAAUAGCAACAUGACAACUGAGCUCUUUAAACUUGUGGAAAUGAUAAGUGAUGAGAUGAUAAACGCACUGAAAAGCGUUGGUGCUCUUGAAACAAAUUUUGCGUGCUACACUUAUCAUAAAGAUGUGCUUGCCAUGAACCAUGGUUUUUGCAUUGACGGAAUGCCAUCUGAUUAUGUCGAAGUGGAUGAAGAAGAUCCGUUUUUUACUCGUGGUAACGAUAGUACGAUACCGGUAGAUAUAUACGGUAGUCAUGUGUUAAAUCCACGCACACUCCUUGCUAACUCUUUAGAUCACGCGGAACAGUCAGUUGCAACAAUAAGUGCAAUUUGUGGCCUGACAAAUGGUUCUGCUAACAAUCAUGCAUCCGUUUCAACUCCAUUGCUAGAUUUAAAUGCUGAACAGUCAGCAUCCCAGUGGCAUCAUGGACUUAAUUCACCACCUGCAUCAUCUUCCACUGCUAAUGCGCCGCCUGCGGUAGGAACGAACAGGUUCUUAUAUACGAUGCGUAUGGAAUAUCUAACAGACAGCGUUGAAUCUGGGCAGCCGUAUCCCAAUCUUCAAGAACAAUUCAAUGUUUAA